AUGCCUGUCUUCCACACGCCUUCGCAUUCGCAUGCGCGCACCGGCUCUGGCGCGAGCUACCAUGAGUCGGCACCGCGCUUCUCAUUUGCGCCUGAAACAUCCGGAAGACAGGUGAUUGAUGCAGAGCACCACGAGACCCGCAAACGGCGAAACGGCGACUACGACAACCCUUCUAUACGCGGUUUCACUGCACAGCCAUGGACUGGCACCACAUCAACAUUUUCGCAAUCCGAGAGCCCUGCUCCCCUUGCGCACGACCGAUACGCACUGGCUGGAGGUAGCAUCGAGGGCACGAACAGCUUCACACGGCAGAACGGGAACUACGACGACUACUUCCAUCUCCAGACACAGCGCGGAAUGUGGUCAUCGCCGACAAGUCCGUCGAUGCAGCCUAUGACGUUAGAUCGUGUCCCUUCGACACCAAAUGCGCCCAAUUCCUGGGUCGUUGAUUCGCUCCUGAACAUCGUUGGUGGAGUCGCAGGCAAGCUGUUUCAGUUCUGCACUGUGCCAUUUCGAGGGUUCCAAGCAGGAGGCGGACAAAGCUACAAUGCCGACGCGCAGUUCAAGAUUGCGUCAAAGUUAGGACUGCACGACGACGCAGAACCAAGUGGUCCGGCCGCUCCAGUACAGCAGAUCAGAUUCGAUACCCGCACCAACGACGACUACGGCGUUCGGUCGAUCGAAUCAGUGGACACCGAGCGGCCGCGAAUGCCAAAACGACUACGCACAGAAGAC